UUUUGUGUACGCCCAUAUUCCGUUAUACCGUAUGAAUGGCCUGAUGACUUGACGCGGUGGCCGAUAUGCGAAGAACACCGCCAAGGUGCUUUCUUACCGACGCACAUGACAUGUCAGGUGACUGGUCGUCCAUGUUGUAUCCAGAUGCAGGGUCAAUGUCGAAUCGCAACUCGAGAGUACUGUAAUUUUGUGAAGGGCCACUUUCAUGAGAAUGCUACCUUAUGUAGUCAGGUGAAUUGCUUCUCCGAUAUUUGUGGCAUGCUUCCGUUUCUGCGAAGAGAUUAUCCAGAUCAGUUUUAUCGCAUGUUCUUUUCGUUGUUCUUGCACGCAGGUAUCAUCCAUGUCGCGUUCACGGUAUUCGUUCAAAUGUGGUUGAUGCUUGAUCUUGAGAUGUUAAUCGGAUGGAGGCGUAUGGCAAUUCUCUACAUAGGAUCUGGUAUUGGUGGUAAUAUUGCCAGUGCAAUUUUUGUGCCAUACAGUCCUGAAGUAGGUCCAUCGGGAAGUCACUUGGGAAUUAUGGCAGCGCUGGUUGUUGAUUUACACCACCACAGGUUUGUUGUUUUUCUA